AUGAAAAACAUAAUAAAAAAGAAGGAAGAUCAAUUCAUUCAAUCACAAAAAGGUGCUUUAGAUAAGUUUUUUUUAAAAGUGCCACAAUCAAGUGAAAAUCCUAUUGACUCAGAGUUGUUAGAUGAAAAUAAUGUUGGUGGUGAUAAUGUUAAUGUUGAUAAUGAUAAUGUAGAUGCGAAUAAUGCCAAUGUUAAUGUUGAUGAUAAUAAUAUUAAUGUUGAGCAAGAAGAUGUGAAUCUGAAUAAUGUAGAUGAUUUUGAACAAAAUGUGGAAGAAAAUUCAGACCAUUAUAUUCACAAUGUUAAAGAAAAUGAUUUUGUUUCUCAUGAUAUAUAUGAUCCAAGGAUAUGGGGAGCUCUUGAUCAAAAGUCGAUUGAUAUUUUGGCUAUCAAUGGCCUUAAAAGAAACUUAACCAUAGUGAAAGGCCCAAAGACAAAGUAUCUAGGAGAUUUACUUCAAAUUUGUACACUAGAUAUUUGCCUAAUGGUGAAACAUUUUCUUGGUAAAAAUAACCUUGCAUUUCGUGGGAAACACGAAAGGUUAUAUCAAAGUAGCAAUGGAAAUUUUUUAGGUUUGAUUGAAAUGUUGGCUGAGUUUGAUCCUGUGAUUAUUGAGCAUGUAUUGAGAAUGGAAUUAUUCAUUAUCAUUAUCUUAGCCAUGAUAUUCGGAAUGAAUUGUCAUCAAGAACAAAUGACUUUAAUUUUAAGGUGUGUUGAUAAAUGUUCAAAUUGUUAUAAAGUUACAGAAUUUUUCAUUGAGUUCUUACAAGUUAAUGAUACUACUGGUCUAGGACUGUUUAAAGUGUUAGAAAAUGUGUUAAUAGCUCAUGAUCUUGACAUAGAUAAUAUCAAGGGACAAGGAUAUGAUAAUGGUUCUAACAUGAAAGAAAAUGUUAAAGGUUUAACUCUUAAAUCAUUAUCUGUCACUCGAUGGGAAAGUCGUGUUGAAAGUAUCAAAGCAAUUAGAUUUCAAAUAACUGAGAUACAUGAAGCAUUACUUGAAGUAGUUGAUGCUGACAAUGACCAUAAACUUCAAAGUGAAGCUAGAUCCUUAGCAAAUAAUGAGCUUGGUAGUUAUGAAUUUUUGCUUGCUACAAUCAUUUGGUAUGAAAUGUUAUGUGUUGUAAACUUUGUUUGUAAACAAUUACAAUCCCAGGAUAUGCUGAUUGAUAUUGCCAUUAGUGAGAUUAAAGGACUGAUUUCCUUUUUUUAA